AUCAGCACUCGCGUCACGGUGCGCCCGAGCCGCGCGGUUGCUCGGCAACCCAUGCCUUGCGCUCGAGCCCUGCCUUGCACCCCGCUCGAAGCUCUGACGCGGGUGUGACGUUAAUAAGGUGGGUAUCAAUUUGUUAUGGUGGCGGAGAGAGAAGGAGGAGUUCCCCUGCGAGCGCCGCAGCUCUCUGCAUUCCAGCGGAGCGCACAAACACACCGAGCCGCGGCCGGAGCCGAGUCCCACGCUUUAAGACUUGUUGUGUGCAGGCAGGCUGGACACAAAGUGUGAAAACAAAACACACGGAGGGAAAAAGUUGUUCCGAGCGAACUUUUCUGGAAAGAAAAAGAAUUUCCUUGGCUGCGAUUUGCGUCGCUCAUGUGGAAUGGUUUGCACUGUUUGUGAGAACCGUCUGAACUGUGAGGGAGGGUGGUGUAUGUACGCUUUAUAAGGUACUACACUUGAAUUAUCCUCACGCAAUAUAACUCCAAAGUGUUGGUGCACCAUGGUGAUCAUGACAGAGAGCAGCCCUGGGGCCCAGCCCAGCCCUGCCCAGGGAAGGCCCCUGCAGGUCGGCUUCUAUGAGAUCAUCCGCACCCUGGGGAAAGGAAACUUUGCAGUGGUCAAAUUGGCCAGGCAUAAAGUCACAAAAACACAGGUGGCCAUAAAGAUCAUCGAUAAGACAAGACUGAACCCCUCAAACCUGGAGAAGAUUUACAGAGAGGUGCAGAUUAUGAAGCUGCUGAACCACCCCCAUAUCAUCAAACUCUACCAGGUCAUGGAGACCAAAGACAUGCUGUACAUUGUGACAGAGUAUGCAAAGAACGGGGAGAUGUUUGACCACCUGACCUCAAAGGGCCAUAUGAGUGAAGACGAGGCACGCAAAAAGUUUUGGCAGAUUCUGACAGCAGUGGACUACUGCCACCGGCACCACAUUGUUCACCGCGACCUCAAGACUGAAAAUCUGUUGCUGGAUGCUAAUAUGAAUAUCAAACUUGCUGACUUUGGAUUUGGAAACUUCUACAAUGCAGGCGAGCCUCUGUCCACAUGGUGUGGCAGCCCACCGUACGCCGCCCCUGAGGUGUUUGAGGGGAAAGAGUAUGAGGGGCCUCAGCUGGACAUUUGGAGCCUUGGUGUGGUGCUCUAUGUUCUCGUGUGCGGUUCCCUUCCAUUUGACGGGCCCAGCCUUCCUGCCCUCAGACAGAGAGUCACCGAGGGACGUUUCAGAAUCCCAUUCUUCAUGUCUCAAGAUUGUGAGAACUUGAUCCGUAAGAUGCUGGUGGUGGACCCAGCCAAGAGGAUCAGCGUGGCCCAGAUCAAGCAGCACCGCUGGAUGCUGGCUGACCCAACAGCCCCCCACCAGACCCUCAGCCAUUCCCUGACAGACUACAACUCCAACCUGGGAGACUACAGCGAGCCUGUGCUGGGCAUCAUGAAUACCCUGGGCAUCGACCGCCAGAGGACUAUUGAGUCCCUGCAGAGCAGCAGCUACAAUCACUUCUCCGCUAUCUACUACCUGCUGCUGGAGCGAGUCAGAGAGCACCGGGCCCAGCAGCUUAGCCGCCAGUGUGGAAGCUGGAACCAGAGACCUCGCAGCACCUCGGACACCACCCCCCCAGAGGUGAUCAUGGAGUCCGCUGACAGCUUUCGAGCCACAGGAUUUCCAAUUCCAGCUAAGAGCAACCCUCCUGUGUACUCAGAGAUGGAGUGUGACCAAGGAGGACUUUUCCAGCGCGUGGUGUUUCCGGUGGAGGCCAGUCUGAACCGGCUUCUGUGGAACCGCUCCAUUUCACCCAACAGCCUGCUGGAGACGAGCAUCAGCGAGGAGGUGCGGCCCAGGGACCUGGAGGAGGAGGAAGGCACAGCAGCCGUCGGGCCCCUGCUCCUUCCCACCACCACCUCCCGCAGACACACUCUGGCUGAAGUGUCCGCCCGCUUCCACCAGUGCAACCCCCCGUGUAUUGUGGUCAGUCCCUCAGAUGGUGCCUCUUCUGACAGCUGUCUGAAAUCCUCGUCUAGUCCCAAACCCACCUUGCAGGCCGCUAUGGGUGGCGUGUCGACCCUUCUGGCCUCCGGGGCUGAAGGUGGAGCCCUGGUGCCUGCGGGAACCCCUCUGGCCCUCUCAUCCCACCUGCUGCCCCAGGCCCAGGGUAGCCUCCCUGCCGCCAGCUUUCAGGAGGGUCGCAGAGCCUCUGACACCUCUCUUACACAAGGCCUCAAAGCCUUCCGCCAGCAGCUGAGGAAGAACACCCGCACAAAAGGGCUUCUAGGAUUAAACAAGAUCAAGGGUCUGACAAGGCAGACUGUUCCCCCGCCCACCUGUAACCGAGGCAGCCGCGGGUCACUGGGUCCAGCACUUUCUGAACACCGUAGCAUGCUGGAGGAGGUGCUGCACCAGCAGAGGAUGCUGCAGAUCCAGCACCAGCCUCAGGCGCAGGCCUCUCAGACAGGACCUACCCAGAAUCCCUUGCUCUUCUUGACCCAGCAGAAGCCACCCUCCCCUCCUCCCACUACAGUAUUUCCUUCCUCGUCCCUGUUCGACACCCCGACUACCUCCCUCCUCCAGAGCAAGCCUCAGCACUCCCUGCCUCCUCAGCAAGCUCCAGUGGGUCUACAGCACGGCCCCUGGCAGCAGCCCCUUGAGGCGUCUUCAUCCGGCUGCUCAUCCUCCUCCCCCUCUUGCUACUCCUCCACUCUCUCCCCUGUGGCCUCUGCUGCUUACCUUCUUGAGGCUCGUCUGCACAUCAGCCAGCAACCCCACAUUCACCGACAAAACAACCUCCACCAACAGCACCAGGCACCCACACAGGACGCCUUCUCCCUUGUGUCCAGACCAGUGGUGUGGACCCGGGGCUCGUCCUCCAGCACAGAGUCUGACAGGCAGGAGCUGAGCCUGGCUGGGCAGCAGCAGCUGAGCAGCUGUGUCAUGGUCAAGUAAAAACAGCAGCCACACAGCGAGACCAAUGAUUGUUCUCCCCCUGGAAGACAUCCAGAGCAAAACGACAGAGUGUCAUCUGACGAAAGGUCACUUGAUCCUCGUCAGAGAAGGAUAGAGACUGAAGAACAACAUGCAAGUGACAAAUUCAGCAACAUAGGGUACACAUGUGAGAGUGUGUCAGCACACAUGUAGGUUGUGUGAGUACUUUUGAUAUCAUAUAAGCUAAAGACUAAGCAAUAACCAAACUCUGGACAAGGCUUUGAAUUCUUAUCAGACUGCCAGAGAAGCAAUAAUGGACUGGGCCUCAACCAGGACCCUUUGAAAGACCCCCAUCACACUCCUGACGGGGCAUCCUGAUGUACCUUUGUCAUGCUUAUGGACUCACUUGAAUACAACGAGAACUGACAUUAGCCAGAUACCAUUACGUCACAUUUCAAUGCUUACGUUUCAAGUCAUUUUUUAAAUUAUUAUUUGAAAAUGACUGACUUUUUUUUUUUUUUUUUGUACUUUUUAGUUAUUUUUUUGUGUGUCAUGUUUCCAGUGUGUCAACUUUGAAAAAUAUUAUUUCUCAAUGUUUUUCACUUAAUUGGAGAGAAGACCAAAGUUUUUUUUCUUUUUUUCAUUUCGCCCACUUUGUGCGCCUUUCUAAAGAGACAUUAGUUUGUAGCAGUCCCACGAACAUGUAGUAUCAGAGAGCCCUACGCUUACAAACUUGUACGGAAUGAGCUGAUUUGUGAUUGAAACUGUGACAUUUUUUUGUGCGAGUCUAUAGCUGAGCUUAUGCUGCUUUUACCUCAAGCUACAAACAGACUGCUACAUCUUCAUCAGCCAAAACUGAAGAAAAAAAAAAACUGUCUAGCUGAUUGACUAAAGCACAAAUAGGUACAUCAGUCAGCUUGGUAGCACCUUACCAAUGUGGAUACAUCAGUCCAUAUUCCCUUCAUCCUUUAGCCACAUUGUGUGUGUGUGCUUUUCAAAUCAUUUCUUUCAUUACUACCUCCUCAGGUAAACCGUGUGUGAAACCUGUUUCAAUUUGAAAUCAUCAUCAACUUAAAAAUCCUUUGAAAACAUGUUGUCAGUCCCAAGACAUUGCAAAAAAAAAAAACAACAGAAUAUCAGAGGAGUGAUUAAUUGCUCCUCUCUUUUUUUUUUCUUGUCACUUUUCACAUGGACAGAACAAUAGUUGUGGGAACAGUGCAAUAUUUUACGUUGAAAUACAAAAGAAAUAUGAGGUAAAGGAUCUACAUAGGAUGGCCAACAGGCUUACACGUGCACUUGCCUGAGGUUUUUGUCAUUAUUAUUUUCAUUUGUCAUUUUUAUAUGAUUGUUUGACCUUACUUCUAGCUAGCUGAUUAGCACAGGUACUAGUUAUGUGACAUAUAAAAAAACAUGAUACUGUAGAAAUUGAGAAGAAAGACUCAAGGCAGUUGAAAACGCUGUUUCUCCACGCAGCAUGCUUGCCGUUCCUUCAGUGAACAGCAGAGUUUGGGUCGUACCAAAGUGCAAACAGCACAAGAGAGAGAGAUGAUCCACCACAGAUACACUACUGAUUUUUCACUUUGAAUGCUGUGGCUCAAAAUGUAGCAUGCUGGUUAGCUGGCACUUUUUACAUCGUCUCUUUAGCUUCUUUUUUUUUUUCGCUAUGAGAAAGCUUCCUCUGCCACCAAAUGCUAAAGCUAUUGUGUUGUAAUAUCUCUAGUUGUUAGCAGGACCAUGAUGGUAUUCAUUUUUGUACUUUUCUAAGAAAAAACAUCUGAAAAAAACAAAAAAACAAAGCAAAACAAAAUAAAAAGAUGGAAGAUAAAACAACAGGAAAAAAAAAAUAAAGCGUAGCAAUACCAUGUUGUGCUGGAAGCUGAUCUUAUAUUGUCCAUAAGUGGUUGAGAUAGCUAGCAAUAGAUGGAUAUUUCCUGCAGCAAAUAUUGGUUUAUUUGUGCAGUCUAUUCAGACAAUGUUUUAGAAAGCCGUGAUAGCUGUGUAACAUUGUAAGCUGGUUAGUUUUAGCAUAUCUGUGAAAACUCCAAUGGUUAUGAAAAACAUGUAAAGGAACAGUGUUUUUCCAAGCCCGAUUCUCAAAUGUUUGAUAGUGUCACGUAAAAAGCGAGCAGUGUUGAUAUUUCUGUUCAAUAUUUUUGGUUGAUUGCACUCACCACCAACACUUGUGCCUUUUUCUGAACAAACUCCCGUGAGCAGAGGAAGGAUUUCUCUGUUCAGCACAG